GAAAUAGAGGGAAAGAGAUUUACCAACACAAGCAGAACAUAAGGUGUAAACCCCGACUUGUGAUUGAUUUAGCAGACUGAAGAACCCCUAACUUUAUCUAAAAUGGGGAAAAAGAAAGAAAACGACAGUUCCGACCCUUACGGAGAACCUGCUAAACAUGACCCAACUUUCAAUGGACCCCUCAAAAACAGGGGCUGCACUGAUGUUAUUUGCUGCAUCUUUUUCAUGGUUUUCAUUGGUGGAUACCUGGUGGUGGGAGUUCUGGCCUGGCUGUACGGGGACCCCAGGCAGGUUAUUUACCCUCGAAACUCGACCGGAGUUUUCUGUGGAAUCGGACCCAAUGAAGGGAAGCCCUACGUGUUUUACUUUGAUAUCCUGAAAUGUGCCACUGGUACCAACAUCAUGGCAGCUGCUCUGAACGGACUGCAGUGCCCAACUACCCAGGUGUGUGUGAACACUUGCCCUAACAGCUACUGGAUUGUUCCUCUGAGUGGAUAUUUUCCCGGUGCGAAUCCCAGAGACGUGUUCAGUGACAAGUACUGCAGCCCAGCCAUCGACCUGCAGACCACCAAACUGACUGUGGAUCAAAUUCUAAGCAAAGAACUGUGUGCCAGAUUUUAUAUUCCCUCCACUCCAGUUUUUAAUCGGUGCAUCCCCAAAAUCGCUGACUUGCCGGGCAUCCCUUCUAAUUUCACCUUACCUGGGACUGCGACUGCCAACGAAACUGCCAGCAGCAUUAUGAGCGCCACCGGUGAUCUCUUUACGGGGUUCAAUGCUAAAGCCUUGGGGGUGAAGAUUUUCGAAGACUUUGCCAAAUCCUGGUAUUGGAUUCUAAUUGGUCUGCUGAUCGCUAUGCUGGCCAGUCUGCUGUUCCUCUUGCUGCUGCGCUUUGUCGCUGGAGUCAUGGUCUGGGUUCUCAUUGUCGGGGUGAUUGGAGUCAUUGGCUAUGGUAUCUGGCACUGUUACUGGGAGUAUUCCAAUUACAAAGCGAAUAAUGCCUCCAUAUCGGCCAUCGGCUUCACCUCGGACGUCUCUGUCUUACUGCGGGUUCAGGAGACCUGGCUGGCUUUCUUGAUCAUCCUGGCUGUGUUGGAAGUGGUUCUGCUCCUGAGUCUAAUCUUUCUGAGGAAACGGAUUCUCAUCGCUAUCGCACUAAUCAAGGAAGCCAGCAAAGCAAUUGGUCACAUUAUGUGCUCGCUGCUCUAUCCCCUGGUCACCUUCGUCCUGCUGGUUAUCUGUGUGGCUUACUGGGGCAUCACUGCACUAUACCUGGCAACGUCGGGGGUGCCUCUGUACCGGGUGAUGGCACUUAACCACUCUCUGCCAAACUGUGCGAGCAUCAACGGAACUGAGCCCUGUGAUCCAUUGAGCUUCAAUGCAUCCUCGUCCCCCUGCGAGUCGGCGCGCUGCAUGUUCUUGAAGUACAACGAGGAGGGCCUGUUCCAGCAGAACCUCUUCAACCUGCAGAUCUACAACGUGCUGGGCUUCCUGUGGUGCAUGAACUUCGUCCUCGCCCUGGGCCAGUGCACCAUGGCCGGGGCGUUCGCCUCCUACUACUGGGCCUUCAGCAAGCCUGGGGACCUGCCCUACUUCCCCGUGGCCAGCAGCUUCCUCCGCACUUUGCGGUAUCACGUUGGUUCUCUGGCGUUCGGCUCACUCAUUUUGACCAUCGUCCAGUUCAUCCGCAUCAUUCUGGAGUAUCUCGACCACAAGUUCAAAGCUGCUCAGAAUCCCUGCACUCGCUUCAUCAUGUGCUGUCUGAAGUGCUGUUUCUGGUGUCUGGAGAAAUUCAUCAAGUUCCUCAACAGAAACGCCUACAUCAUGAUCGCCGUUUACGGGAAGAAUUUCUGCACCUCUGCUAAAAACGCUUUCUGCCUGUUAAUGAGGAACAUUGUCAGGGUGGUGGUGCUGGAUAAAGUGACGGACCUGCUGCUGCUGUUUGGAAAAUUAAUGGUGGUCGGGGGAGUGGGAGUCCUGGCGUUCUUUUUCUUCUCUGGUAGAAUUGAGAUGCCGGGAGAAACAUUCAGUGCCAGCUCACUGAACUACUAUUGGGUGCCGAUUAUAACAGUGGUUGUGGGGUCCUACAUGAUUGCUAAGGGUUUCUUCAGCGUGUACAGCAUGUGUGUGGACACCCUGUUCCUGUGCUUCUUGGAGGAUUUGGAGCGUAACGAUGGUUCUCAGGAGAAGCCGUACUACAUGCCCAAAUCUCUCAUGAAGAUCCUCAGCAAGAAGAACAAGCAGCCCAAACAAAACAAGAAGUGAGGACCCUCACUCUCACUCUCACUCUCACUCUCAUUCUCACUCUCACUCUCACUCGCACUCGCCUCCUGAGUCCUUGCUUAGCCCUAAACACCAGCAAACGCACCACAAGCCUUUUAAACACACAGACCCAUCUUCAGAGGGGAAAUUACUUUCAAAAAAAUUGGAUACAUUUUAAGAGAAAGGAAUUGCUCAUUUGGUACUGGGUAGUUAUUGCUAAGUUUUGUAGUCGUCUAACUACAGGGAUUUCUUUAUCCUGAUCAAAAGAGUAUGUAGCGUCACAUUUCAUUUUCUUAGUUUUUAUCAUUCUGCGUGCUUCUUAUAGUAAUCAAAUACUCUAAGUCUGUGUUGCUCUGACAGAGUUUAGGAGCUGCUGUUCAGUUCUGGUUAUCUGCCAUAGACAUCUGUAAUGUAGGCUAGAUCAGCCAGAGUCUUUUAUAGAAAUAAGAGCCAGCGCCAUCCAGUGAUCUGCCCCUACAGUAUUUGAGUGACUGCAAUAAGAAGCACUUGGAAUGAUUGCAAACAUCAUGAAGAAGUAAGGGGGACAGUGAAAAUAAAAAUGAAUAAAUUAGAAGCUACAUGGUCUUUAGAUACAGUAGAAGAACACAGAGCUUGCAUGCCAGUCCGCUGGCAGGGUAAUACCUGUAUGUACUUACACAGCACCUGAUGUGUGAGAAUGGAAAAGCUUGGUAGUUUUAGUUCAUUUACAAUGGUCUGAUUUCUUUCUGAAAAUUUCAAUAAGACAAGCAUUUCCUCAAUCCAGCUUUUUAUCAGAUUUUUAUUGCUAAAAAAAUGUGACUGAAAAAUAUCCUGGAUUUGUUUUUAUUUUAACUUGUACAACACAGUCCUAAUAUACAGAAAUGAAGCAAUAGCAAACAUGGAACGUCAUUUUAAAACAGGCGGUGCUAUGCCAAGUUCUCGGUUUGCUUGCCUUAGUUUCAGGUCGGCUGUUACUGUUUUAUUUCCUGGGUCAACUUAAAAGUGUCUGGGGUUGCAAAGGCAUUCAAAGGGGGUGGAGCCAAUACACUCUGCCAUGUGAUCAAGGAAGUGCGAGACUCUGAAAGCAGCAGAGCUCGUGCAGACAGAUUCCUCUAACUUCACUGUGCACCAGAUGUUUUCAAAUGAAUUCCAUGCUUGCUGUAGACCCUGACAGUAAGAUGCAGGGAAUUAUAGUUUGCUAUAAAAACACAGUUAAUAGACAAAAAGGUUUGACCACAUUUCUUCUUGGUGCUUAACUGCAAUUUUCACAAAUAACAAAAAGGAGCAUGCAGGGAAGUAAGGAUAGUGAUGGGGGCUACAUUUUAGAAAUACAUUUUAAGGAAAAAAUUGUUUUUUAAAUACAAAAGGGGAUUAAUGAAGAAGUAACGCACUUUAUGGCUAGAGACAAACAAAGCUGGAAAGACUCUGCUGUCUGUGUCGAUGGUGUAGGAAUGGAGAUCCAUGCUGAACACACAAGCCGGUUUCUGUGCCUCAUGAGAUCCAUGCUGAACACACAAGCCAGUUUCUGUGCCUCGUGAGAUCCAUGCUGAACACACAAGCCAGUUUCUGUGCCUCGUGAGAUCCAUGCUGAACACACAAGCCAGUUCCUGUGCCUCGUGAGAUCCAUGCUGAACACACAAGCCAGUUUCUGUGCCUCGUGAGAUCCAUGCUGAACACACAAGCCAGUUUCUGUGCCUCGUGAGAUCCAUGUUGAACACACAAGCCAGUUUCUGUGCCUCGUGAGAUCCAUGCUGAACACACAAGCCAGUUCCUGUGCCUAGUGAGAUCCAUGCUGAACACACAAGCCAGUUUCUGUGCCUCGUGAGAUCCAUGUUGAACACACGAGCCAGUUUCUGUGCUUCGUGAGAUCCAUGCGGAACACACGAGCCAGUUUCUGUGCCUCGUGAGAUCCAUGCUGAACACACGAGCCAGUUUCUGUGCCUCGUGAGAUCCAUGCUGAACACACAAGCCAGUUUCUGUGCCUCGUGAGAUCCAUGCUGAACACACAAGCCAGUUUCUGUGCCUCGUGAGAUCCAUGCUGAACACACAAGCCAGUUUCUGUGCCUCGUGAGAUCCAUGCUGAACACACAAGCCAGUUUCUGUGCCUCGUGAGAUCCAUGCGGAACACACAAGCCGGUUUCUGUGCCUCGUGAGAUCACGAAUGCACAAGGCCAAUGCUUUUGUCAUAAUGUAGAAAUGUUUAUAAAAAAAAAAAAAAGUUUGAGAAAUGAAAUUUGUGUGUAUUUUGUCUUUUUCUAUUUAAUAAGUAACGGCAAAGUGCCUGAUUUGUAAUACUUAUUUUUUUCCAAGAAGUUUAUAUUAUAUCUGUUCCUUUUUUAAUGUCAGAACACCUAAAUAUAACUAUUAUUUGCACCAUUUUUUUAAAUUAAAACAAAAAUGUUACAAAACUAAAUGCUUGAUGAUAGUAAUAGCAACAUUAUCGCUGUCCCCCUUUUAAAGGAGUGCUAGCCCAGGCUUCUUCAAAUCCAUUCUCUCAUCUCUGAUUAGUAAGAGCAACAUUAUCACUGCCCCCUGAAACAGCAAACCCCGAGUUAGCAGUGAUGUGAAGGGGAGUCGUGGUAAUGGUGCCAAUGCUAAGAGAUUUAUUUUCAACACUGUGGAUCGUACUCUUUUAAAGAAGGGAAGGGAUAAUGUUAGUACCAGUGAUUAAGAAAAUUGAUUUUAAAACCUUGGUCAGACCAUGCAGCAUUACCAGAUUCAAUGCAAAUCCCAAUGCUGGUGAUGAAAAUGAAGGUAGCAUAAUGUUGAAUUGACAGCCCACUCUCAAAAUGCUUUCAAUUUUUUAUACCAAAAGCACUUUUUUAGAAUGUUUUUUUGUGACUAAUACAUCAUAAAGGUGGAAGCUUGCUGUAAAAAAUGUAAACAUAGUUAAUGUAAGAAAGUCUAAGAGAUUAAAAUAUUUAAUUUAAACCAAA